AAGUGGCCGGUGGGCUUUGUGGUUUGGUGAGCCGACCGCACUCGGCGCUGCCGAAGGUCGAUGAGCAUAUGGUUAUGAGAAGAGUUACUGCGGGCUCACCCGACACCGGCCAGGGAGGAGGGGGGAGGGGGGGAUAGCCAAGUGAGGAAGCGGCGGACGCUCCGCGGCCGGCCAGGUAAGCUGCUCGCUGCGCGGAACCCGGCGCCGCCGGCAGCGGGGCCGGUUGAUGACGUGCGCGACGCGACUGGUAUAAGAGCGGCGGCGCCGCCGGUUACCGACACUCAGCUACCUGGCAGCACACACACACACACACCGCCAAACCCCUCUAAUCCGACAGAAUGUUCCGCUCCGGUCUGGUGCUGCUGGCGGUGACGGCCUGCGCCGUGGCGCGGCCGCAGCAGCGGCUGACGCCCGUCGCGUUCCCGGUGCCCCAGUCGUCGGGCCAGUCGACCAGCGGCGUGGUCAAGGGCGAGACCUUCGUCCCUGGCGGCUCCUCGGUCCUCACUCAGCAGCAGGCGGGCACCGGCGGCCAGGCGGCCAACGGCGGCUUCAACCAGGGCUCAGCCGGCGCCUCCACCACCGGCUUCAGCAACCCGUUCGCGCAGGGCAGCAACUCGCAGACGAGCGCCGUCUCCAACCAAGGCUCUAACCCGGUGCUGACCGGCUUCCCCUUCCCCUCGUUCCCCGGGUUCGGCACGGCCACCGGUAACGCCGGCAGCCAGCUGACGCAGGGCAAGACCACCGGACCGGACGGCAGCCAGACCACCAUCACGCAGCUGGGCUCCUCGGCGGGCGGCAGCGCCACCGACGGCGGCGUCAGCACCAACCAGGCCUCUGGCAGCGUCACCGACGUCAACACGCCGUUCGGCUCCCAGACCAGCAGCAACGUGAACGCCGAGUCCAACCAGAGCACCGGCCGGUAGGCCGCCGCCUGGUCUGGUCUGGCCUGGUCUGGCACGCCUCAGCUAUGGAGCGACUCCGGACGCCGCGGAAGGGCGUCACAAAGACGCAGGGCAGGGCGAGCCGGUAACCUCUUGCUGACCUGUUCCUCUGCCAAGUCAACAUCGCUGUUUGAAACGAGCCAGUGGGCCCAACUGCAUUCAUAAACUAUUGUUAUUGUCUGAGAUUAUUUCAUGUUUGUAACAUUGCCAGCUUUGACGGGCCGUGAGCUUUAUUGUUUCGAUUGAUUCAAUGACUAUGGGAAAUAUGUGAAUAAAGACAAGAAUGUGAAAUAAACACAUAGUAAAAUCAA